UGUAUCGCGAUCAAAAAUGGCGACCAACAAUGGUGCAGUACGUGCGUUGGGGAUAGGUUUGCUCCUGAGCGUGUGUCUUUUCGUCGCCACUGAAGCGGUAUGGUUUCAUUUGAACGACCAAAACCAUCCUUCAGUUUCAUGGGUCGCACGCCCCUUAUACAAGGGAGCCCGUAUCGUCGGUGGAUCGGUGGCAAAGGAUGGUCAAUUUCCUUACCAAGUGGCGGUGCUACGAUCGAACACCUUGACAUGCGGAGGUUCCCUCAUCGAUAGCCGAUGGGUACUGACGGCAGCCCACUGUGUGUACAGCAACGGGAACCUAAUUUCAGCAUCUGAUAUCACGGUGAUAGCGGGCUCGAUCACCUUGACUAGUGGCAUCCGACGAGCCGUUUCGAGAGUGAUCCCCCAUGAGCGAUAUGGAAACUUCCGGAAUGACGUUGCGUUGCUACAACUAAGCCAGGCAGUGCCUACCUCGGCAUCCAUCAAACCGAUCGCGUUACGGACGAGCAGCGUUCCGGCGGGCAGUGAAGUCAUCAUUUCAGGCUGGGGACGCAUCUACCAGGGUGGUCCAGUGUCGAACGUGUUGCGAUACAACAGAGUGAGCGCACUUGGAGACCCACAGUGUCGAGCGAUGACUGGCAUCUCUACUGGGUUGAUUUGCUUUUCUUCGCCAGUGAAUAAUGGUGCUUGCAAUGGAGACUCGGGAGGACCGGCUGUGCUGAACAACCAGCUGGUCGGGGUGGCAAACUUCAUCAUGAAUUACUGCGGAUCUAGCAGCCCGGACGGAUACGCGAAGGUGUCCGACUUUGUGCCCUGGAUUCAGGCUGCAAUGCGGCGAUUCUAGUGCUAAAAAAAGUGGAAACCUUGGUGUGGAAGUGGGCAAAAAAUCGCCACGCGAAUGAGCGAUGUUUGUGCACCUGUCGGAGAGGAUUUGUUUGAGAAACUGGAACGACACCUGCGCAGGACGAUAGGUGACAUGUGGAUACUGAUCCAGGAGAAGUGUGAAGUCUGAUAUUUUACAACCCAUGCUGUGACGAAGGUCUACAAAUAAAUGAAGUUGUGACGCUAGUGUUCUUUGCAAGGA